UCAGCACCAUUUCUCCAGGAAGGCGAAUCACAUUUCAUCUCCUUACCAACCACCACGACAACACGAUUUUAUGACGCAACCUUGUUACAAACAAACGCUACGAAUGGAUUUAGAGUUGUGUUCCAGUCUUUGAAUCUCAAUAGUGAUGUUAAAGUUGAAAUAGGGACUGGUAACGAUCCGUCUGACAUACAGUCUGUCAUCACAACUUUCUAUGGAUAUAGAACCACCGCUCCCGAUGAUGUCUAUGUAGAUACCAAUGAGAUGUGGUUUGCUGCCAUAGGAGCAAUAAAGAGCUCUAGACUUCAAAUGGUCGUUGAAAUAUUUUCUAAUGAGUUAUCAACCGUGUUUCCUUGUUCGAGAUCCAACAGAAACGUGUCACGGACUGUCGUAUGUGAUGGACUUUAUCAAUGCAAUCGUUACGAGGACGAAUUGGCAUGCAAUAACUCAGCAACAUUUCUUCAGGAAGGCGAAUCACAUUUAAUCUCCUUACCAACCACCUUUACAACACGAUUUUAUAACGCAACCUUGCUACAAACAAACGCUACGAAUGGAUUUCAAGUUGUGUUCCAGUCUUUAAAUCUCUACUAUGCUGCUGAUAAGAUCGAAAUAGGGACUGGUAACGAUCCGUCUGACAUACAGUCUGUCAUCAGGACUAUCUAUAAAAUUAUAUCCAAUUUUCCCGAUGACGUCUAUGUUAAUACCAAUGAGAUGUGGUUUGCUGCUAUAGCAGGAAAGAGUAACUCUAGGCUUCAAAUGGACGUGCGAAUAUUUUCAAAUGACUUAUCAAGUGAGUGAGCUAGUGUGGGAUUAAUGUUCUUUUAAAAUAUAGGUGGAAUAUAAAGCUCUGUGUAUCGGAGCAGUGAUAACUGGUAU